UCCUUGAGUAGAAGUAGUAGGGGAACGUUGCUUCACAGAUUACUAACACGAGGGGAAUAAGUUAGCAUCUCUAAUAUAGCUACAUACAUGCUUAGAAUAAGCAUACUUAGAAAUUUUUUCUUUUCUGUCAUACGCAUCUCGUUUCAUUCUGAUUGGUCAUUAGGUACAGCCAUUUUCGUUAUUGGACAGAGCGGUGGUAUCAACGAAGUUGAUCAUGUCACAGAUAGAAACAAGUGGAGCUAGCGUGGCGCUCUUUUUACGCUUAUAUCGUAAUGUAACUCAUUCUUCAAUUUUACACGGUACUCCAAUAAUUUUUCCCGCUAUUAGCUAUAGAAUAUAUGACUCAUUCUCAAGAGUCGUAGUGUGUUUACACGUUCUAAAAUUAUCAACGUACUAGAGACGGAAGAGGAGAUAUGUAGAUGGAAAGAAAAGGAGAAACCACUUAGUGUUCUCGCAUAAUUAUUAAAAAUUCUCAUAUGAGAGCACAAUGGCAUCGUUAAAAACUAAUGAAAGAUUGUCCGAAGUUUUGGAUUUAUUUCUGCUUCCCAAAUAUAACAUAGUGUCUACUACUUACCUUGAUCUACUGUUAACCCAUAUUUCUGACAAUGUGAAACAAUGUGCUACAGAUGAAUACGAACAUUGCAUAUUAUUUCAAAAAUGGGUUUUAAAAGCGGUAGAUAGUUGGAGCUUACAUGGUAAGCCUUCACAGCCUAUAGGUAUAUUUACUUUGAAACUUGUAGGGAUUAUUUCCCGUAACGAGGUGCAUUUCCAUUAUUGGCAUUGCCAAAAUGUAUACAAUAGGCUAUGCGAUAUUUUUGAACUUCGCGAAGAUAAUGUGACAUCUUCUAUUAAAAUGGCUUAUACAACAAUGUUAUCAGACUUGAUUCAACAUCGGAGUGGCAGACAAUGGAUUAUAGAUUCUGAUGUUUGGAAAGACAUUGUAAAGUAUGCACAUUGGAAUCACACUAUGUACGUUACACGUGAAAGUCAAAAGUUUCUGUGCCUUCUGCUGUUAAAUGAACAUCAAAACACAAGUUUUUGUAAAGAAGUUAUUUUAGCAAUCGCAGCACCAUUAAUAACUAACAAUUUUGAAUCUCAAGUGUGUCAGAAGUUGGAAGAUAAUUAUUUAGAACAGAAUAAAUUAUUGUGUACGACAUUAGACUUAUUGACUAGUCUCCUGGAAAAUACAUUGUUUGCAAACAUUGAUAAUACCAUACCUGAAUUAUGUCAAGAAGUUAUUAAUUUGGAGAUGAGAGUGAAAGCUCUUUUUCAAGCAUGUAUCAGCACAAAGUUUUUACUUCAUGUACACAAACUGUUGGUUUUGUGUUUAUUCAUACCAUUAAAAUGUGCAGUCAGAGAAGGACAGGAAACCAUUGAUGCCGAAGUAUCACAAAAAUUUAGUUAUGAAUUGUGUUACAUGUCUAUGAUGCUUCUCUCAAAGAAAUAUAUAACAGAGAUUGUGAAAACAAACAAACUUUUAAUGAUUUAUUGGAAAAAGCUUCAAUUGUUGCAUGAAUUUGUUCUACCGCAACAACACAAAUUUGAACAUCAGUGUAUAAGCUUAAUGAUUAUACCCUUGGCUGUAUGUGUAAGACAGACAUAUUUAACUCAUGAUCUAUUUGAUAUGUUUAUAAAUAAAAUGUGUAAUGUAACAUGUACAGCAGUACAGAGAUUAGCGUACAAUAUAAGAGACACUAUAUAUAAAAAUGAAUUACCUUUGGCACAAAUUUGCAAAGUAUCUAUUGACAUAAUAUUAGAAAUAACGGACAUCAUGGACAGGGAUAUUGCGGUAAUUACGUUCCAAACGUUAUGUCAUGUACUUAAAAAUUUUUUACCACAUCCCUGUAUCGAGACAAACAAUGUAGAAGCAAACGAUAUGACAAACCUGCAAAAUGGCUCGAAGAAACCUACGAUCAUGUCCCCUUUAGAAGGGAACCCCAUAGUCGAUCAUCCUGCAUUAUUAGCAUCCCUUCUCAAUGGCUUGGCAGUGAUGACCGAAAAGUUUAAGUUGAAAUGGCGAGAAUGCGUGGAGACUAUAUGUUUAUUAUUCCUCGGACAAGAAAUUUUAAAUCACCAAGGAAUUACAUCUGUGGUCUCUGUAAAAGCAUUGAAGGUAUGCAAAUUGGCAAUUCAAAACUUUAUGCCACCUAACUUAGUAUUACUUGUUGAAGCAGAUAGCCACAUGAACGAAAUAGGACCAACGCUUUUUAAAAGAUUGCACGAUGUAAAUUGGGAAGUAAGGGACAGCGUAUUAGAAGUUCUAAACACAAUUGCUGCAAUUUCGGAAGACAAAUAUCCAGCAUUUCAAGAUUUUUUAUUAACAAAUAAUUUUCUACAAUUGGGACUCGAUAUUGCUAAGACGGACAGUGAAAGUUACGUUCGAGCAUCUGCUUUAGCUUUCAUUACCACGACUGUUAGAAUAAACAAGCUAUGGAAAGAAAAGUUGUCGGAAUUGAAUUUACUGGAUUUUGCUAUAGAUUUGCUUAACAAUGAAAGCGAAGCUAUAAUCAGAAAGGAAGCUGUGAUAUUAAUUAAAGAAUUAUACGUGAAUUAUAAGUGGCCGAAAGAUAUCAUUGAUUCAAUGACACGGGCAAUGUCGACAACUGCUGUUUUCGAUCUUCAUUGGGAAGUGAAAAUAAGCGCCCUUGAAUACUGGAGCCAGUUCAUAAAGUCACAUUUGUCCGAUCAAGGGGUACUCGACGGUCAUUUUCCAAAUGUAACAUUUUCCAAAGAACAUAGGAAAAUUGUAUCGUUAAACGAAUGUGAAAUAAAACGAAGACUCAACAAAGCAUUGGACGAAUUGGCAAGACAGAAUUGCUUGGGAGUUCUUUUAAUUACUCUCGAGGAUGACAGUGACUUCGAAGUAUGCAAAACAUCAGCAACCAUAAUAAAUAAACUGAAAUCAUUCCUUUUAAAGUACAAACUCGAUGAACCUAUACCAGAAUUGCCUUUACCUAAAGAUUGUGCUACACUAGAUACUUCGUAUGUUAAAUAUGCAGCAUCGAAUAACGUGGCAAAUUCAAAUUCUACCGAGAGGUAUUGCGAUUCUAAUAACGUGAUAGAAGAAAUUGUAGAUGCGAACGACGCCAAUCUACUUGCAUCUAUCUACAAAAAUUCGAUGAAAAUGAGCGGAGAACCAGAAAGCACAGAAGAAAAAACUCGGCAGCUUAUACCUUGUGUGACUAGACAAUCUUUUCUUCAAAGAGUCUUCAAUUCGAACAUCGAAACUAUUAUUGAAGAAAAAAGCCGUUGGUUGACCACGUACACUACCAGUUUUGAAUCUAUAUUAGACGACAUUCUGACCAUGUAUCAGCAAAAGGAUGUGAAUUCGAUGGAUUGUUAUUGAUUAAAAAUAACGUGCCUUAACAGCUACAUACAUAAAUACGGGAAAUUGUAAUUAAACUAGAGAGAGAUCAUUAUGAGAAAUAUGUUUAUUCCACGUAGAAAAAUAAAUAAUAUCUUUACGCAUCGCGUACAUAUUAAUAACAGUGGAUUAUCGUGUACAUAGAUGAGAUCAAAUAAAAAUUAAAAGAAAAGUAAAAUAUUCCAUUCCUCGCAUACUGGUAAUCAAGGUAAAGUUCCGAUAAAAAAGACUUACUUUAAAUAGGGAUUAACGUUAAUACAAAUAGGAAUAAUACUUAUUUGAAUUGCACUUAAAUUUUAACAUUUUUUUUCAUGCUCAAAUAGAGUCCACAGUUUCUUCCAUAAGAGUUUCUGUAUUCUCAGAACUCACAGCAUCGAUUGAACCCAAAGAAAAGCUAGCAUUCGAUGGAUCAUAGAUUAAAAAAUGUU